AUGAACCAAGCAAUUCUAAGUAUCAUCUUUCUUGCUGCUCUAACGAUUCAAAACACGUCUCUUUCAUUGAUUACUCGUUAUUCAAAAGGUAUUCUAAAAGAACAAUACUCUACAAGUGCCUCAAUUUUAUUAAGUGAAAUUACUAAGUGUGUUAUUUCUAUCAUCGGAAUUAUGCUUACCCGUAAAGAUGUAACUAUUUUUUCUCAUUUAAAAUAUUUAAUAAUGACUUCACUCAUCUCAAGUAUACCUGCACUUAUUUAUUUUUUCCAAAAUAUAUUAUGUCAAUUAUCUUUAGCUAAUAUUCAACCUGGUUUAUAUUCUGUCCUCACUCAAGUUAAAAUACUUUCUGCUGCUAUUCUCUCAGUAUUAAUUCUUGGUAAAAAAUUAACAGCUACACAAUGGAGAGGUCUUGCAACUUUAGUUCUUGCUGUCAUUACAGUAGAAAGUGCUAGUAGAACAACAACAGGAAAUAGUGCUGUAGAAGGUGGGUAUUAUUUCAUUGGAGUUGGAGCAGCUCUUCUUGCAGCUACUGCAAGUGGAUUUAGUGGAGUAUUUAUGGAAAAGAUUUUAAAGAAUAAAGUAGACAAUAGCCCAAAAUUAAGUUUAUGGGAACGAAAUUUCCAAUUAUCUAUUUACAGUAUUGGAUUCUCUAUUAUUAAUUUGGUAUUAUUUGAUUCAGUAAGUGUCUUCCAAAAAGGAAUUUUCCAUGACUUUUCCAUUUACACUUUGAUUAUGAUAUUUGUUAUGUCAGUAGGAGGUAUUCUUGUUGCAUUAGUUAUGACAUAUGCAGAUGUUAUAGUCAAAGGAUUUGCUGUUUCUGUUGCUAUUGUAUGCACAACUACACUUUCAUAUUUUAUUUUUAAUACCCCAAUUUCUUUUGAGUUUUGUCUUGGAGCUAUUGGUGUACUUAUUUCAAUUUCAAAUUAUAAUGAUCAACGAGCAAGUUGGUCUUAUCAAAACCCAGAACCUGUUAUUGGAGAGAUUCAUAAUGAUUCAACUGUUAUGGAACAAACUGUAAAUGAAUUAGAACAUGAAGAAUCAAUUAAAACAGAAAAUGCAUCUCUAUUAGCUGAACAAAGAGCAGAAAAUAAUAUUGAUGUCUUAACUAUUGAUGAGCUUGAAGCACCAUCAGUAGAAUCAAAACUUAUUAUUGAUGACCUUGAAAAUUAG